GUUGUAACAGCUGUAUACGCGGCUGUUCCAGUCGUUCACACGGCAAGAACGAAGAGAAAUAAAACAACGAACUGCGUUUCUUCUGCUUCCGUAUUUGUAUCUACAACAGAUUUUUAACUAUUCUAUCAUUACUUUUAUUUUUUAAGAAACUGACGCCACUUCCGGUUGUUUUUGUUUACACAUUGCUGCAGGAAAGGUGCGGGGAAGGACAUUCACCUGUUGAAGUUGUUCAGCUUGUUUGUUGUUUUUUUGACGUUGGGUGAAAAUUAGGCAAGAUGUCCAAUCAAGUCAGGCUGAGACUGCUGCCCAGCGCCAGGUGUCUGUUCGAUGAGCCCAUCCAGGUGAAAGUGGCCGGUCUGAAGUCCAAGCAGGUGGUCACCAUGAGAGUCAGAUCCACAGACGAGAAGGGAGUGGUUUUCAGCUCCUCGGCCACCUACAGGGCAGACAACAGCGGGGAGAUCGACCUGAGCAGAGACGCCUCCCUCAGUGGGAACUACGUUGGGGUCGAACCCAUGGGUCUGCUGUGGUCUAUGAGGCCAGAUGUCUUGCAUAAGAGGUUUCAGAAGACAAACUCCUUGAAUCCCCAUGUGGUGAACUUCUCAGUGCAUGAAGAGGAGGGCGGGAUGCUGGCUGAGGCGACCAAUGAGAGGUUUCUGAUGGGAGACGGGGUCAGCCGUGUUCCCGUCAAACAGGGAAAUAUCCGUGGGGUGCUUUUUACUCCCCCAGGUGAAGGGCCGUUCCCUGCUGUGUUGGAUCUGUACACGUUUGGUGGCGGUCUGUCCGAGAAAAGAGCCGCUCUGCUGGCCAGCCGGGGAUUCUUGGUUCUGACGGUGGCGCUGUACGGCCACGAUGACCUGCCCAAGAACAUUAAAGAAGUCCAUCUGGAUUAUUUUGAAGAAUCCAUCGAAUUUCUAAAGAACCAAGAAAAGGCGGGCAGUAAUGGCGUCGGCGUCAUCUCCCUUUCUAAAAGUGGAGAUCUCUCUCUGUCAAUCGCAUCGUACCUCCCAGGAGUACAGGCUGUCGUCUGGAUCAACGGCUGCUCCGCUAAUGUAGCAUUACCCCUUUAUUAUAAGAAUAGACAGAUUCUCUCAGCAUUGAAGUUUGACAUGAACAAAGUCAUUUUCACAGACUCUGGAGCCAUUAUCAGCAAAUAUGGCAUGCAUGAUCCUCUGAAGGAGGAAAACAAGGGUUCCUUGGUGCCUAUCGAACGAGCAAGUGGACGUUUCCUGUUUGCAGCUUCAGAGGACGACUUCAACUGGGACAGCAAGGCCUACAUGGACGAGAUGGUGGACAGACUGAAGCGUCAUGGGAAGGAGAACUUUGAGAGUGUGAGCUACCCUGGAGCCGGACAUUAUUUAGAGCCCCCGUUUGGACCGUACUGCCCUUCCAGCUUCCAUGGGUACGCAGGUAUGCCGGUCCUGUGGGGGGGGGAGCCCAGGGCCCACGCUACUGCUGAAGUCCAUCUAUGGAGGAAGAUCCAGGACUUCUUCAGAACUCACUUAAACUGUGACAAAACUCAGACUAAAUCCAAGUUAUAGUGCUGUCCUAUAGUUAUGUCCUUCAAUCAAAAACAAGCCAAGAUGUAUAAAAGAGAAUUCGGGGCUGAAAGGAAACUUACUCCAAAGACGACGAGAAAAAAAGGCAGAUUACAGUUUGAAAAUCCGCAAUUAAAGCAAAUUACAUAAGCCCAUGUUUUGGAAAGCAAUUUUUAAAAAAUAAAAAACACUAUUGUUAUGGCAUUUAGAAAAUAGAAAUAUUUCAGGAACCAAAACAUGGAAAGUUUGUUUCAAUUUAAUGUCAAUUAGAAUUAGAAGAAAAAUGUUUUUUAUGUAAUUUUCUAAAGUUUUAAUUCAUGAAAGUCUGGGUUUUUCUGGAAGUAAAACAAGGGCACUGUCGUAUCCCCAUAAAAAUUAAAAUUCUUGCAGCUUUUUAGCUGAACGCCUGUAACAUUAAUUGAAAUAAAAACAUUUUGAGACCC